AUGUUUGAUUUUCGCCUCCCAUUCCUCGCUGGCCUCACCGGCGCCUCGCAGUUCAACGCGCGCGCCAUGGACCAUAUCUACACAUACCUGAAAAAGAAGAACGGUGACAACGGCAGGCCCGAGUACAGACUUCCGUCGAUGGUGCCCGGGACGCUCCUCCUCCCCGCGGGCCUGCUCAUCAACAGCUGGGCGGCGCAGAACCAUGUCCAUUGGAUCGUGCCUGAUAUUGGAACGACCCUCAUCGGCGCGGGCAUCAUCCUGAACUUCCAGUCGGUCCAGAUAUACGUCGUCGACACCUUUAGCUUGCACGCUGCGUCAGCCCUCACAGCCGUCUCGUUCCUCCGCUCCGUCGCGGGCUUCGGCUUCCCGCUCUUCGCGCCAGAGAUGUACAAGGCCCUCGGCUUCGGGAAGGGCGACACGAUCCUCGCGGCAGUGGCCAUCGCCAUCGGGUGUCCUGCGUGA